AUGGUGCACCUGCUGCUCUCCAACCUACAUCUACUAAACAUCCACUACAUGGUGCACCUGCUGCUCUCCAACCUACAUCUACUAAACAACCACUGCAUGGUGCACCUGCUGCUCUCCAACCUACAUCUACUAAACAUCCACUACAUGGUGCACCUGCUGCUCUCCAACCUACAUCUACUAAACAACCACUACAUGGUGCACCUGCUGCUCUCCAACCUACAUCUACUAAACAACCACUGCAUGGUGCACCUGCUGCUCUCCAACCUUCAUCUACUAAACAACCACUGCAUGGUGCACCUGCUGCUCUCCAACCAACAUCUACUAAACAACCACUACAUGGUGCACCUGCUGCUCUCCAACCUACAUCUACUAAACAACCACUGCAUGGUGCACCUGCUGCUCUCCAACCUACAUCUACUAAACAUCCACUACAUGGUGCACCUGUUGCUCUCCAACCUUCAUCCACUAAACAACCACUACAUGGUGCACCUGCUGCUCUCCAACCUUCAUCCACUAAACAUCCACUACAUGGUGCACCUGCUGCUCUCCAACCUACAUCUACUAAACAUCCACUACAUGGUGCACCUGCUGCUCUCCAACCUACAUCUACUAAACAUCCACUACAUGGUGCAACUGCUGCUCUCUAACCUACAUCUACUAAACAACCACUGCAUGGUGCACCUGCUGCUCUCCAACCUACAUCUACUAAACAUCCACUACAUGGUGCACCUGCUGCUCUCCAACCUACAUCUACUAAACUACCAGUGCAUGGUGCACCUGCUGCUCUCCAACCUACAUCCACGAAACCACCACUACAUGGUGCACCUGCUGCUCUCCAACCUACAUCUAUUAAACAUCUACUACAUGGUGCACCUGCUUCUCUCCAACCUACAUCCAUGA